AUGGUGAACUCUGCUGUCGUCCCGGCGUGCGACUCCUCUUGUCCAAGUGUUGUCGUCGCUUGCUGCGUCUCCGCCGCGAUUCGAUCGGUGAUCGUCCAGUUCCGCUACUUCAUCUCGAGAUGGGACAAGGACCUCGAGUCUGGAGGAAUCGGGCAACAAGUGAAUUGGUGCUUGGCCUUCACAAUUCAUCGCACAGAAUCGGGGCAAACAAUCGAUCGAAUCCCAUUCAUCGGACACCGCGACAACAGCAACAACUCCAGCCACCGCCACCCAUUCAUCUGCCAAUGCACGGCCCGCAACAUUUUCUGCGUCUGCGCAUCUUGUAACUACAUUCGACAAUUGCAAAAGGAUCGAGAUGGCAUAUUAAGUUCAGCGGCAUUCGGUCGCCGAUGCACGCUCGAUUACAGUGGGGCAAUUCGCUUCCUAGCUCUAACUAGCUCUGACACAAGAAAUGCGUCUGCUCUCCUCUUGUCUCGCUCUUCUCUUCGCCGUUCUUCUCGUCUUCACUUCUUCUGCCAUGGUCAACGCUUUGCCGUCCCGGCAUGCGACUCCUCUUGCCCGAGUGGUGUCGUCGCUUGCUGCGUUUCAAAAGACUUUAAUGGUGGUUCCUGCAUUGGUGGAGCCGCCUUCUGCAAC